CUACAGUCCCCGGUCACACGUGUCUGCCCAGCGCGAGUCCGUAAGUGCGGUAGCAAUUGGCGGACAGACGGCGGACCAACAUGCUGGUGCUAUUCGAAACAGCGGCGGGUUACGCCAUUUUCAAGGUUCUGGACGAGAGCAAGCUGCAGGAAGUAGACAGCAUAUGGAAAGAGUUUGAAACACCAGAAAAAGCGAAUAAAGUGGUGAAAUUAAAACACUUUGAGAAGUUUCAGGACACAACAGAAGCAUUGGCAGCUUCCACGGCUCUGGUUGAAGGAAAAAUUGGCAAAAAUUUGAAGAAAGUCUUAAGAAAAAUUGCAGCAAAGGAGGCUCAUGAGCAACUUGCAAUUGCAGAUGCAAAACUUGGUGGUGUCAUCAAGGACAAAGUCAAUAUCAGCUGUGUUCAUACUUCCAUGGUAACAGAACUAAUGAGAGGAAUCCGCAACCAGGUAGAUGGUUUAAUAACAGGGAUUUCAUCACGUGAAAUGGCAGCCAUGUCUCUUGGUUUGGCUCAUAGUCUUUCCCGGUACAAACUGAAAUUCAGCCCUGAUAAAGUGGAUACAAUGAUAGUCCAAGCCAUAUCACUACUUGAUGAUUUGGAUAAAGAGCUUAACAAUUAUAUAAUGCGCUGCAGAGAGUGGUAUGGUUGGCACUUCCCAGAGCUGGGCAAGGUCAUCACAGACAACCUGGCCUAUUGCAAGUGUGUGCGUGCUGUAGGUGACAGAAUCAACUUUGCAACAUUUGACUUGUCUGAGCUCCUCCCAGAGGAGGUUGAAACAGAGGUAAAAGCUGCUGCAGAAAUUUCCAUGGGUACUGAGGUAUCAGAAGAAGACAUAAACAACAUCCUGCAUCUGUGUGACCAGGUCAUUGAGAUCUCAGAGUACAGGUCUCAGUUGUAUGACUACUUGAAGAACAGAAUGAUGGCCAUUGCACCCAACUUGACUGUGCUAGUGGGUGAGCUUGUUGGUGCCAGGCUAAUUGCCCAUGCAGGUUCCCUUUUGAACUUAGCAAAGCAUCCUGCAUCAACUGUCCAGAUUUUGGGAGCAGAGAAAGCUCUCUUCAGAGCAUUAAAAACCAGAAAGGACACCCCCAAAUAUGGGCUGAUUUAUCAUGCUUCUUUAGUUGGACAGACUACCCCCAAAAAUAAGGGCAAGAUUUCCCGUAUGUUGGCAGCCAAGGCAGCCCUUGCCAUACGAUAUGAUGCUCUUGGAGAAGACACAAAUGCAGAAUUGGGUGUGGAAACCAGAGCUAAGCUGGAGUCACGUCUCAGACACCUGGAAGAGAAGGGGUUGAAAAGAAUCAGUGGCACUGGGAAAGCAUUAGCCAGAGCAGAAAAGUAUCAGCACAAGAGUGAAGUACGGACAUAUGAUCCUUCUGGAGAUUCUACACUGCCAGCUGUUCCAAAGAAGAGAAAGUUUGAGGAGGUAGAAGAAGAAGAGCAACCAACAGAAAUUAAGGUUAAAGCUAAAAAAGCCAAAGUGGAGGUAGUGCAGGAAGAAGAGGAAAUAGAGGAAGAAACUCCAAAGAAGAAAAAGAAGAAGAAGAAGAUCAAAGUUGAGGAGGAAGAGGCAGAGGCAGUAGAGGUAGAAGUAGAAGAGGAAGAACCUUCAACCAGCACAGCAGCUGAGACUCCAAAAAAGAAGAAGAAGAAGAAGAAGAAGGUGAAACAGGAGGAGGAUGAGUAGUAAAAAAAAAAAGGACAAUAUUUUAUGGACUCUUGAUCUUAUGCGAUUUAGAUACAUGGCGUUCCCUCUCCAGAAGAGGGAUAUUUGAGAACUUCUCUAAAGGUCUUGGAGAAGGCACACUGUGACUCCUUAGGAUAAACCAAGGAUUCAAAAUAUGGAAAAGAAAUACAGUAGUAUCAUUCUUUGAUACACGCAGACCUCUUAAUUUCUCAUUUCAAAAAAAAAAAUCCAUACUGGACAUGUUUGUUGCUGUCCGUUUAUAGUUUUGUUUUGUUUUUGUUAAAACAAAUUAAUACCGGUUGUGUAUAUAACAUAUAUUUUCUCUUUUCACCAAAUAUACUUUAUAAAAGUAGUUUUUGUUGUUUUGGUAACAAAAAAGGUUGUGAACAAGGAAGUGAUUUUUGGAAGUCUUACCCCUGUUUGGCACCUACAUUAAUCAUGGCCUAUUUACAGCACCCAUUUGGUAAAAUACAGAUUACAUCUUCAGUUUGUGUUCAUUUUUAUAAAAAGUGUAUGUAGAACUGUUAAUUUUUACAAUACAUUAGUAGUACAGAUGGGGAUAACAAACAUGACAAUAAAUAGAAUGUGUUAAGUGGUA